CCUUUCACCCGGAUGCGGCUCGCCAUACUUCAAUUCCCGGCAACCGGGUUCUCUCCCCGCAAUAAUUGCCCGUCCAAACCCCGCAUACGUCGGAAGAAGCAACCCCAAAUAGAGCUUGGCAUGGCCAAAGACAUGAUGUACCAGCAUCGUUAUUCGUCGAACCAACCAACAGCGUUCCUACGUCCAGCCCUUGCAUGCAGGCCCGCGAUGACCGAAACGGCUUCGAUCUGCGCGACGUCGACAUGGGCUCUGUUGGAGUUGGGAGGUUAUUAUUAAAGAUGCUGCUCGAGAUGGCUGGGGGACUGCAAGUGUCUUAAGAGUCUUUGUUAGUCACCACGAAUGAGACUCUAGGAUAGUGACGAUGCCGAUCAUCGGUGCCAAAGAAGAGCAUGUCGACCCACGCCUGACGCGCAUAGCGCAGGCCGACAAGAAACCGUGGUACAAGAAACCGAACCUCCGGUUCCUGUACCUCAUCCUCGUCCCCACAGGGCUUGGUGUAGAAUGGACUUCGGGCUUCGACUCGUCCAUGAUGAACAGCCUACAGGCCGUCCAGUCAUGGGUUGACUAUUUCAACAACCCCACUUCAGGCCGACUCGGCCUCCUCAACGCCAUGUACUCCCUGGGCGCGCUCAUGGCGAUUCCCUUCAUCCCCACGGUCAGCCAUUUCCUCGGGCGGCGGCGGACGAUCCUGCUCGCCUCGGUCAUCAUGUGCAUGGGCGCGGGCCUGCAGGCCGGGGCGCGCAACUCGGACAUGUUCCUGGCCUCUCGCUGGGUGCUCGGGUUCGGCAUACCCUUCGCCAUCGUCAACGCCUCGUCACUGAUCGGCGAACUGUCCUACGCCAAGGAGCGGCCCAUCAUGACCUCGCUGUUCAACGCCUCCUGGUUCGUCGGCGCCAUCGUCGCGGCCGGCACCACCUACGGCACGUUUCAGAUGGAGUCGACCUGGUCCUGGCGCCUGCCCAGCCUGCUGCAGCUCGUCCCCAGCUUCUUCCAGAUCACCUUCAUGUACUGGUGCCCCGAGUCGCCGCGCUGGCUGAUCUCCAAGGACCGUGGGGACGAGGCGUUCGCCAUCCUGCAAAAGUACCACAGCGAGGGCGCGGACGGGGACGAGUUCGUGCGGCUCGAGUACGCGCAGAUCCAGUCGACGAUCGCGCUGGAGAAGGAGGCGGCCUCCAGUUUCGUGUGGGCGGACGUGGUGCGCGAUCCGCCCAUGCGCAGGCGGUUCACCAUCGCCGCCAUCGUCGGCUUCUUCACCCAGUGGAGCGGCAACGGCCUGCUGAGCUUCUACAUGAAGCAGAUCCUGGCGUUGGUGAACAUCACGGACAACCGGACGGUGCAAAAGAUCAUCCUCAGCAACACCUGCUGGGGCUUCAUCAAUGCCGUCCCCCUUGCGCUGAUCGCCCCGCGCUUCCGGAGGCGGGUCAUGUUUCUGACGUGCACGAUCGGAACGGCGGUGGUGUACACCGUGUGGACGAUUGCCAGCGCUCGGGCCGAGAUUGACCCCUCGGCGGCGACGGCGAUUCCGGUGUUGGUGUUUAUCUUUGUCUACUCUCCGUACGUCUCCUCUUUUCCUUCGAGCUUCUCUUCAUUCGAGGACCUUCACAAGAUGCACAAAUGCCUAUUAACUCAGCUUCCGUGCAGAUUUUACAAUCUCGGAUGGAACGCUCUGGCUUACACGUACAUGGUCGAGAUUUUCCCCUUCCGGCAACGCUCCAAAGGCAUCGCGGUCGAACAGCUGACGGUACGGUUUGCCGUCUUCUUCAACACAUAUGUCAACCCCAUCGCGCUCAAAAACAUUGGAUGGAAAUACUACAUUAUAUAUUGUGUCUGGAUCCUUGUCGAGAUCGCGACCGUCUACCUCCUGUUCCCGGAGACGCACAAUCGCACGCUCGAGGAGCUCAGCUUCAUAUUUGAGGGCAAAGCGGUCCAGGAGAAGAUGCAGCAGAACGUCGACAAGGUGCUCGAGGUUGAGCUGGAUGCCGUGAAGAGGCGGUCGUCCAAGGAUGGCGUGGCAACCGCUGAAGAACGGGCUUGAGGGAGGUGAGAGGGGAUGGGGAUGACGGGCGAGGAGGGAGAGCGAGCAACAUAUUAACAACACCAUUCAACAACGCCGCUUCAGUCAGUCAGUCGAGACUUUUUUUUUUCAACCGAUCCACAGAAAUCAAUAAACU